AUGACUUCCGGAAUGUCCCCGUCCAGCUCCCCGCGGCUUCCUAGCCCUCCUCCAUUCACGGAGGUUCAGAUCGCUCCCCAGUCACCUUCUGGGGAGGCUUUCGAGGAACAAAUGCUUGGUGCUGCAGCGGGCGAAGACGAUGGCUCGACGCGCAGAAUCCGCCCCGGGACCAAAUCCGCCGACAUGGCAUUUGGCCCGCCGUUGAUUCCCCUUUCGCAGCUUGACUCGCCUUUCCAGCUCCAGGAACACCUCAAAGCCCUAUAUCAUCACUCUACGAAACCCGAAGGAUCUGACACCGUGGUCCCGAUUAACCGCCAGGUUGCGGUACAACUGGCGGAACCCCCCGAGGGCGUCGACCGAUCGCUUUGGCUUUACGAACUCUGCCGAUUCCUCACUAUGAAAGUUAAUAACCUCAUCGUCGCUUUCUUUGCUGAGGACCCGCCUUGCUCUGCGACGACUUGCCCCGAGAUGCGAGCUUCGGAGUGGCAGUAUCUCUGCGCGGUACACGACCCUCCCAAAUCUUGUUGCGCGAUCGAUUACUGCUGCCACACUUUGGACUGGGCCAUGAACACCCUCACGUCGCCAAAAUAUUUCCCGAGUCGGCUCACGCUAGGCAACGAGAAUGCCGGAGGCCCUCAGGCCAGCAUGAGACACCUGACGAACGUCUUCCGGCGUCUCUACCGUAUUUUCGCCCACGCCUGGUUCCAACAUCGCGAUGUGUUUUGGCAGGUGGAGGGACACGAUGGUCUGUACGUCUUCUUCAAGACUGUUUGCGACAUGUAUGGCCUCAUCCCGCAUGACAACUACACGGUUCCCUCGGAGGCUGAAGGCCCUGAUGCAGUUCAGCCUGAGGAAGAGCCAGUGGAUACCAAGCGUUUAACAAUUUUGCGCAAGGAAGAUGAGAAUUCGUUUAGUUCUGGCGCAGAGAGUCUGGACCCGGCCCUCGGCACUGGGGCUACCACUCGUCGUCACAAACAUAGCCCUUCGACCGGAUCCCGUGUUACAACUAUCACGGAGGAUAUGGAGGAUAGUCCAGAGAUUCCGUCGUCGCUGCGUGAGUCUCUGGAGGAAUCGCCCGAACGCCCUGUUUCUGUCCUGGAGACUCAACAGCCGCUUGUCGAGACCGCUGAGGAGACUGCCUCGGACAAGCCACCUACUCAGAAAGAAGAAACGGCCACAGAGACAGCCGACGAAACAAAAGAUCAAGUUCUAGAAGCAGUUGGACAGCCCGGACCUUCUGAAGUUACAGAAGAGGCGCAGCCCGAGUCUGAGCAGCCUGCUAAUGACAAGACUGAAGAGCCCGCUGAGAAGACCACCUCUGGAACCGAGGAAGCGACGCUUUCUGAAGAAGCUGAGACGAAACCUGAGCCCGAGCAGGUAGCCUCAAUUGCAUCGGAAGCCAAGCCUGAACCAGAGAAAGAAGAAUCUUGA